AGCUCUAUUGACUGUAGAGUGAAAAUGCAUAAUUUAUUUAAAAAUAUACUCCUCUGCUUCUGGGUAUUAAACCAAUGAACUAAGUACAUAGUUACAUGUAUGCCAUCAUUAGGAAUUAAGGGUGCUUAUUUCCAAUUUGUGAAUUUCAGGGCCCCUUGAUCAGGAGUGGUAACAGGACGGGGCUCUAUUGAUUAUAUAGUGAAAAUGCAUGAAUUCAUUGAAAAUCUGUUCCUAUGCUCAUGGGUAUUGAUGAUAGCAUAUAUUAAUAUGAUGAAGAAAGGUGCCUCUUUCAAAAUGGUUAAUUUCAGGGCCCCUGGGUCAUGGGUACCGGGAGGGGGAAGCAGAGUGAUGCAGUUCUUUACCAGAUAUCCCCUUCUUGUUAUACCUAUUGUGGCCCCCUACCCCCUCUCCUGUUAUGAUUUUAAUACUCUAGAAUCUACACUACCCCAUGAUGCUUCCAAGUCAAAAGUGUCAUAAAAUCAGACCUGUUUACUCUUAUGAUUUCGCUGUAUUUUUUACGGAUUUUUGGUCCAAAAUACGUCUCACGUUUUGCCGUUAUGAAAAUACGGAAAUUGAAAAUACGUUCCUUUACCAUUUAGCACAUAGUGUUUAUUAUGAUCUCUCUUAGUUUCACACUUUUUAAUUUCUUAAAAGAGGAAGAUUUCUAACACAUGAGCGAUGUCGGGUUGCCAAAACGAUGAGGUAUUAUAAAAGGUCAAAGACAAUGUUGUUUAACCAUGUUUUUGUAAUUAGAAGAGCAGUUGUUCUCUAUUAAUACAUGAAAAAUCGAUGAAAAGUGACAUCUUAAUGGCAAAUGCCAAAUUUCACAGACAAAUCUACUCAAAAAUACUGAGAGACAGUGAAAUGGGUAAACACCUGGUCUGUAAAAUUCUUUUCUGGUCCAGUAGUUCUUGAGAAAAAGAUUUUUUUUUUUCUAUAUAUUUCUAUGUAAAACUUGGAUUCCAUAUUGUGACCCCACCCUACCCCUGAGGGUAAUGAUUUUUAUAAUAUAGAAUAUAGUACACUAUCCCAUGGUGCUUCCAAAUAGGUUUCAGUUUUUCUGGCCCAGUGGUUCUUGCAGGAGAUGAUUUUUUAAAAUGACCCCACCCUAUUUCUUUUCUUGAUUAUCUCCCCUUGUGAGGGGACUAGGCCCAGUGGUUUUUGAGAUUAGUUGAAAAUGUCAAAAGUUUACGGACGACAUGCAGAUGAUAUAGUGUGAUCAGCUUUCAGCUCAGAUGAGCUAUAAAGUCUAAGUAUCAAGAAUUACGACAAGUCAAAUUGACUUGACAUGGAGUUGCUGUGGCCCAUGGGCUAUACAAUCUUGGAUUAUAUAUUUUGUCAUAAAAGCUUGUACAUCUGCUUAAAUGUGUGUUUAAAUGCUGGUACUUUUAAUUGUUGCAUGUAAUUAAAAUGACACAUAAAUUGAAUUGCUGCAUAUUAUAUUUCAGCAGCAUGUCUGAGGUGAGAAAAAGAGAUUAUCCUUGUGUUUGCUGUAAGAAACGGACAAAUCAGAGAGAUCGACGUAGAGUGACAGCUGCACAACGACAAGUUCUCCAGAAGUGGACUGUACGUGAUGUAGAUAAAGAUGAGGUGUUAUGUAGCUUAUGUCGGAUGAAGAUCUAUUCUCAUCUAAAGCGGAAGACAGAAAAACGACAAAACUUGGAGAAUGACUUAAAAGACACUUCCUUCUCUCCUCCUCAGCAGAAGCAAGUUAGUGUUAGGAAUGCUGCAAUUCACAGUCCUCCGUCUGUAACACUGUCCGUGCCCUCCACAUCUUCCAGUCAUUCCAGCUGCUUCAUCUGCAGAAAACCUGGACCAAAGUUGGUUGUGGUGUCAUCAAAUGAGCGUCACUCUGUUUUCUUACGACAGGGAGUAUUGAUUCCAUCAGGCUCAAGAUGCUGCACACGUCAUAUCCCAGAUGGAAGAUUCACUGAAGAAGCACUUGAAAAAAUAUCUGCAUUUUCAGCAACAUCAACACUCAACAGGACUUCCAUUGUUGAUAUGCUCAUGUACCUUAGAGAGAUUGCCUUGCUAAAUGGAGGAAAAAGAAUUGACUUUGAUGACCCAAGUGCACUGAGUGAAAAAGAGUAUGUCAGCCUCACUGGAAUCAGCAAAGUUUCCUUCGAUGAUUUAUUAUCAGCAGUAGAUGGCAAGGUAAAGAACACAUCCACCCGUAGUGUAAGAACCAGUCUUGGAAUUUUUCUUCUAAAGAUGAAAUCUGGUCUGUCCAAUGAAAUGCUGUCAACAAUAUUAAAUGUUUCCAAGUCCAGCAUUCAUAGAGCCAUUGCAGUAGUGAGGAGGACACUUAUGGAGACAUUUGUACCAAAGAAUGUCGGAUUUCAGCACAUCUCCAGAGAAGAUGUUAUCCAGAAGCAUACCAGACCAUUAGCUGAGUCUCUUUUUGGUGGUACUGGAACCCAAGCUCUUCUUGUUUUAGAUGGCACAUACAUUUAUAUUCAAAAAAGUAUGAACUUUGCCUUCCAAAGAAAGACAUAUAGUUUACAUAAGGGUCGUCCACUGGUGAAGCCAAUGAUUGUAGUUACAACUAGCGGCUAUUUCCUGUCCGUUCUAGGACCAUACAUAGCAAAGAACAACGAUGCAGCAAUAUUGAACCACAUCAUGAAAACUAACAAAGAAGAUGUGCUGCAGUGGGUUGAAGAGAACGAUGUGUUUAUUGUUGACAGAGGCUUCAGAGAUUCCUUGACCUUACUUGAGGACCUUGGCUUGUUAUCUGCCAUGCCUGCUUUUAUGAAGAAAGGUGAAAAGCAAAUGUCAACAGAGGAUGCAAAUACCAGCCGUUUAGUGACAAAGAUACGCUGGGUAGUAGAAUCAGCAAAUGCUCGCAUAAAAAGGUGGAAGUUCUUUGAUCGCAUCCUUCCUUCAUCCCAGGUGCCAUUCAUUAGUGACUACAUCAAGAUUGUGUGCGGAAUUUCAAACAAGUACUUUCCACCUUUGUCAACAGGUAUGUUCAUAUGCUUGGUAAAUGAUAAGCAUUUAUUUUGUUUCAUUUUAUACAUUAUUUUGUGUAUCAUAUACAGAGUGUUAAGUUUCUUGUUAAUACAAUUUCAUGAAUUAUCUUUAGGUUGCACUGAGGAAGACGCCAUUGUGGCAGCUAAGAUGCAGUACCUUUCCAGACAAAUCAACCACCUGAAGGAGGAAGUAGAAGAAAAGAAGCUGGAUUCUCGCUCUGCCACAUGGAAACAUCCUGAUGAGCUUCAGGAUUUUCCUCGUCUUGAUGAAGAUCAACUUCGUGAGUUGACCUGUGGCACAUAUCAAGUGAAGCUUUCCAGUAGUUAUGCAGAGGAACACUUUGGGAAUGGAAGUGAUAUCAUGGUUCAUAAGGAAGACCAGUCCUUGAUUAGAGUCAGGAUCAGAAGUCGGCAUGUUUCCUCCAAGUCUUACCUUCUUUGGAUUCGAUAUGAUGAGGCAAGCGUGAUUGGAUGGUAUUGCAAAUGCCGUGCUGGUGCAAGAGUUGUUGGUAUGUGUGCCCACAUUGCCGCAGUGAUAUGGUAUCUUGGAUUUGGACGCCAUAUGGAGUCUUUCAGGUCUGUAAGGGACUGGAGCAAGUUCAUUGAUGAUGCAGCUGUCAUUCCAGAUGCAAUUGAUGAGUCUGAAUCAGAGGACGAUUCCUCAGACUGUUUAGAAGAAUGAAAAGUAUUGACUGAUCUUCAUAGAUAUGCAAGUUAACUACAUUGUAUGUAUAUACAACCUGCAUUAUAUAUGAUGUGAUCUAUCAAGUUAUUCUUUAAUGUUCUAUAGUCAUUUUUGUACAAACAGAACUUGUAUUAAUCUUGAUUCAUUCAUGAAUAUUGUUGGGAAAUAUCAUGUUUGAGUGUAUUAACUCGGAGGCGGUAAUAGGCCGCUCAUCAUGUAUAUUUAUGUAAGUAUUAUGUUCAAGUGAAAUAUCAUGUUUGAGUAUUUUAUCUCGGAGGCGGUAAUAGGCCGCUC